AUGGAUUCAGCUAUAAAUACCAAUAUAGAGGAUAAUUUUAUAAAUAAAUUACUAGGUGAAAUGAAAAAUCAAUUUAUGGGUGAUCCUGUAGAAAUGAUGUUGACUGAAAAAGACAAACCAGUAGAAACUACCCAACCAACUCCUCAGUUUGAAAAUUCUAAAACAAAAAAUAAAAUACCAUCAAAAUUAGACACACCUAAGAAACAAAAAGUUUCCAAAAUAAAUUUAAGAAAAGCACCAUGUAAAAAAUCCAAUAUUGAAAAUAAAAGAUCAUCUUUAAGAAGAAAAAAAGGUUUAAACAAAUCUGUUUUGCAAAAUGCUAUUGCCAGAAAAGAAAAAUCUUUUAACGUUUUUACAAAAUCCCUAAGGUCGACAAGACAGUUGAAACCAACACCAAAAAUUUUGGAAAAUUUAAGUGUGGCUAAAUUGGAAAGAAAACUAGGCAUUGAAACAAAAAAGAAUAAAAUGAGGAAAAAAAAUGUUGAAUCUAAAAUUUCAAAGAAAAAAAAGACUGAAGAAAAUGAAAGUAAUGAAUUGUGUUCAUCACCAAAGGAAAUUUCUAGUCAUAUGAAGGAAGAUAAAGCCAAAAACGAAUUUAUAUCAGUAGCAGAAGAACUGAUAGCAUCACGUCGAUGUUUAUGUACAGAACCAACCUCAAAUUUCAUUUUAGAAAACAAUAAUGAAAAGGUAUUUUGUAGUGCUAUCGAUAGCAUAGACGAUAAACUUAUUGGGUGCAAUCGUUUGGCAUUGAUAAAUAGGCCUAUGAUGAGGCCGUCCAAGCGGGUACCAUACGUCUUAUUAUGCGAGAUGCACGAAAAUAGAAUGCUUAGGCACAACUGUUGUCCAACAUGUGGAAUCUUCUGUACUCAGGGGAAAUUUGCUGAAUGCAAUUUGAAUCAUCAGUACCAUAGAAACUGCCAACUUACUAUUGCAGAUUACGUGUGUUGCCCACACUGUGGUUCUACAAAAUUAGGAUAUGAUAUAUUUGUAACAUUGCAUUCUAAAAGAAAACCCAUUUAUCUCAAGAAACAGCAACUUUUUAACUAG